UCUGGCUUCCUUAAAAAUUUCUGCAUAAUUUUCUCGCCAUUUUAAAUUUAGCGAUGGAGCAAAAUCUUAUUAAUCUGAAUCCAAGCGAUGCACCGGUGGCAUUCAGCCAUGAGGCUGAGUUGAAGGAGGCAGAGAAAGAUUUGAACAAGUACAGAGGUUACCUGUUGUCUCUCAAUAAGGUUUUCGAGUGGGAGCCCCCCUAUGUCCCUGGCAUUGCCAUUGGGGUCCUAACUGUACUUUUUGCCAUCAUCUGGUAUGUUGAGCCGACUGUACUGACAUUAUUUUCGCUGGUUGGAAUCAUCCUCUGCGUUCUUGAGUACUCUGCCCCGUUUGUCAGCAAUCAGUUCUUCAGACAACCUGAACAAUGGCCCCAUGAUACUCAGGCCCAGUACUCGAAGGUAUGCGACAGAUUACUGAACGGUAAGAAGCAUGCGCACUGUCUCUGGGAGAAGUUGGUGAAGUUGAAGACAGACAAGCCCAAUGCUUUUUUGAUAUCAGUAGUUGGUACCCUGGUGACGGUAGCUUGGAUUGGCAGUCUCAUCGAUACACUCCUACUUAUCUAUCUGGCCGUUGUUGUGGUCACCAUGAUUCCAGGAUUGCGCAAGCACGGAAUCAUCCAGAAGGUCACUGACCUCAUCAAGUCCAAAGUCAACAAGGCAAAAGCGCAAUAAGAGAGAGAGAGAGGGGGAUGGGGGAUGGGGGUAGAGAGAUGUGAAGG